AUGUGUUGUCAGUUGCGUCAGAACGAAUGAAAACUCGCGCGCGACGUAAUGUUUGCGAGAUUCUAAGUUUUAGAUUUAAUCAUUUUAGUUUUUGAAUCUUAUCUUAUAUUAUUUAGUGUUUGUGUAUAUUGAAAAUGGAUAAUAAUUCGUCAACGAAAACUCCGCCUCUUGGAGUGAAAAAAGAAAAUGAAGAAGAAAUCAAGGACUUCGCAGAAACAGCCAUGAACGAACUUCUUGGCUGGUACGGUUACGAGAGGCUGGAGCUUAGGAGGUGGGCCGCCUCGCGAGCAAAAGACGCUUCCAGCCCUGAACAAUCUAAUGAACAGAAGAAUAAAGAUGAAUGUUCGUGGUGUAACAAAGGUAUUACGAGCGAAAGCGGCGCGCUCCAACACGCGGGAGCAACCUUCUGCUCGGAAUUGUGUUUCAGUCAAUCCAGGAGGGCUAAUUUCAAACGCGCCAAGACAUGCGACUGGUGUCGGCACGUUAGACAUACUGUUGCCUACGUAGACUUCCAGGAUGGAGCCACGCAGCUACAGUUUUGUUCAGACAAGUGCCUCAAUCAAUACAAGAUGCACAUAUUCUGUCGCGAGACACAGGCGCACCUAGACCUCAACCCGCAUCUGGUCAACGCUUCGUCAUCGUCCAAUCUUAUCACGCCAGAACUUUGGCUCAAGAACUGUAGAAGUCGCUCCGUGUCACCCGCCUCUGAACGUUCCGGAUCUCCCAACCAAGAGCCCGCCAACAAAACGACUGAAAAGACGGACAUCCAAAAGUCAUCAACUAGGAAAUCGCCUUUGCCCUUGAUAACCGUAGCGCCCACCGCGAAACUCAUGAAGAAACGAACCGAAGAAAUGGCUCCGACGCAGAAAUCGCCGGAAACGAAGAAAGACGUUAGAAACAAAAUGAACUUACGCAAACGCAGGACGUCCAAGUGUUCGGCCACCGUCACGUCUCAGACCGCGCGGCAGCGGACCGCGACGCCGAAAGCGCAAGACCUCCGAAUGUGCAGCCCCUCGGAGGGCUCGUCGCCCGCUUCGAUCACUAACGCGAUACAUUCGCCGCCGCACGCGAUCAGCCAACACCCCGGACCGCCACCCCCGCAAUUCCCGAACCCUAUGUUCGGAAUGCCACCCCCCAUGUACGUCGACCACCACGACAUCAGGCACCAGAACAUUUUCCCGCCGAGACUGAACUUUAUGCCGCGCCCUGGCUUCCCGAUCCACCACGAGAGGCCCAGACUGCCGCCGCCCCUCAACUUCCCACCGCCAUUGGGGCAGGCGCCGCCUGUCACUGUUCUGGUGCCGUAUCCGGUAGUUCUGCCCGUACCAAUACCGAUACCGAUCCCAAUUCCACUGACGUCCUUUAUCCAGGCUCAUUGCAAUAAUAAGGUUAAGACGGAAAGAGCUCCCGAAGAUACAGAAGGUCCGUUAGAUUUCACGAUGAAUAGCGGUAAGAGGAAAGAACAGUCCAACGGCCAUAGUGAGCCCGGUGAAACAAACACUCCUAGAACACUCGCUGAACAAAAUGAUGAAUUCCAUGAACGUAUACUAACCGAUGACAAUAAUCGAAUGGAAAUCGAAGAUAACGAGACAGGAAACCCUGAGCAGACCCUACCAAAGUUUAAGAUAACGAGACUUGGCAAUAAAAUGGCUAAGAUCGUCACCAAGUCCAGAGAGCAGGCAGAAUCUACGAGACCGCUACGUAAAAGGCGAAGGCUCAUGGAGGUACAGACUGAUGACGAAGCUCUCAUUCCUAAAACAAGGAAAAUUGUGGAAGUGUAAGCCGCGCUUAAUGGGUUGCUGUAGUUAUUCGUCCAUACAUAUCACAACGCAUGAUAAAGCUGAACAGAGUUCAUUAUUUCGUUUCGCUAGUCGUAGCUUUAAGGAAUAUUAAAAUUUUUUUGUCGUUGUAUAUAAUUUAAGAGGCACUUUUUAAUGUGAUAUUAGAAAAUUAUCGUUUACUUGUAUUUCGAUAGAUAAUUAAAAAUA